AUGAACUCCUCAUCUCGGCAGUCGUCGCAGCAUUCAAGAAGCUCCGAAGUGAUCAUAUCUGGGCCUCAAGAUUCCGAUCACCUUAUUCACCUGGUUGACAUUCCUCCGCUUCCUGCGGCGUAUCGCAACAGACGUCAUCAGGACGGUCCAGCGCCAAAUGCUGCUUUGCGAGCACAGCGUAGCAAAGACACUCUGAACUCGACUCAGGGAAGUUGCGGGUCCAAUCGCGAAGGUCACCAAGGCACCAGUGACGGGCCGGUCAGCUCAAACGGAGGGGAGACACCAGUGCCGCAGCGCCCACAGUCCUAUGUCAUCGACUUUGGAACUCCACCUCCAAUACCUGCUGCACACUUACACACUCCAGUCUCAUCUAUUAAUUCAUUUGAGAGGCCAACACCGCUUUCUCCGAUGAACGCUCUACUAUCUGGCAAGAAGCAAAGACCGGCCUUGCAUCUGGAUCUGGACUCACAGCGUGCUCAUAGCAGCCCUCUAUCUCGCAUGGUAGCGGCCCGUGGCUCUGUCAAUGACUUCAGUACCACUUUGAUGAAUGAGCAGUCCCGGGCGUUAACUCCAACUCCUUCCUCUAGUACUGCCGAGUGGCCAGUAAUGGGUGCGUCCCUCCAGCCGAGCAAACAACCAGAGGCCUCAAAUGAGCCCAAGAAGAUUUUCGUCGUAAAGAACCCAAAUUUCAUCUUCCCCAGCAUCAAGCGUGAGCCUAAUCCCUUAGCGGCACCAGAUGUCACAACAAAUGGCCAUGCUGAAGAAGUCGAUGAUCAAGCAUCUACCACUACGAACAAAUCCUAUCUUCACUCCAUUCGCUCAUUCAUGCGUGCUCAUCCCACACCAACCAGUAUUCACAGCCCAGCAGAGUCAGACUUAUCUCAGCGACAGCAGCGAUUGCGCCGAUCCAUCUCAGGACCAAGCCUUUACACGGGCGAACACCGCUUCUCAGAAUGGUCUGUCACAGAAAGUGAUGUCUAUCGCAACGCCUCAGCUAUCCGUCACCCACUAAUCGAUCACCCGGAUCUAGAGAAAGGUUUCCAGCGACCCAAAGAAUGGGGAGAGAAGACACCAGAUCUGAUUGAGGCAGAGCUCAUCAGUAGGCAAAUGAGGGCAACCGAUAGACUGAGAGCAGAGGGAAGGGGGAAAUUCCAAGAGUUGAAGGGAAAAGAAGAUGGAGACAAAGUUGGUUGUGUUGAUGGUUCUCAAAAUGAACAUGUUAAGUGGCUGGACGGACAUACCAACAUGUUCUAA